AUGGGUGACUGCGACAGGUUGAAGUGCCUUAUAGGCGAGUUGGAUGGGUACGCGCAGGUGCUAAGUGAGCGCGUGCAGCAGAAGGAAGCUGAGUUGGGACUACUGCUGGUGCAGGUCGCAACCAUGGGUGGAGCAGCCCUUCGAGCAGAUGGAGGGCAAACCUCCCCGGUUGUCCUCCCGGAAUGCGAUCUGCGCAUAGCACCACCGCGUCACGCGCACGAUCCUGUUACCUCCACAGUGCAGCGGAAGUUAUUAUCUCCUCUUCCCACUGUAAGGAUUUGUGACCCUACAACUUCUCUCGGUCCCGUAAGUGUUACUGAGCCCAUUCGCGUGUGCUCCAUGUCUUCACCUGUGGGUACGUUGUCUCCGAUAGAGAGGGCUUGUAGCUCCGGUUACUCCUCUUCCGAAGAGAGUACAAUCACAAUUAUUCGUGCACUAGACGAUACUGUGAAACCCCGUACGGUACGGCACGUGCGGUUCGCUCCGUCCAGAUUGAGUAGCUCUCCUCACUGUGCCCGUGUUUCCCCUCCCACGGAGGGAGCUGACCGCGGCGGUGUGUGUACACGGGGUUCAUUUUUUCCUACUCGUUUCACAGUUGCCACACUUGAGAGGCAAUAUACCGAGUCAGGUGCUUCCACUCAACAAUGCGCGGCGGCGUCAGAGUCUGAGUGCCAUCGAGGUGGGGAAAUUGCUGCACCUUCCGAGGUUGAGACCGGUGGCGGUCCUAAUGAUAUUGAUACCGUACAUUAUGUUAGGCGACGUGUGACUAGUAGCCGACGCCCCUCAACUCGCCUGUCUGCAAGCAAUACCUCAGUGGAGUUGUUAAUUUCAAACAACUCAGCGGCAACUUGCUCUAGUCCCGGCGCGAAAGGUAGAGGUCGACAUGCUCAGUGUAAUAUUCCCCGAAAGAGGUGGCGUAAAUCCGAGUCACGCGGGGUGAGUGCGGGUACAAGUGCCAGUGUAAGUGCCGCACGACCGAGAACUGCGGUUGUCGCGGAGGAGGAGAAAGAGGAGGGAAUAGACGCUGGUAUUACACUUGCCUGUGGUCCCACCCUGUUUUUCGAGUAA